AUGGACCUUACUUAUGCUGGUUAUGUCACGAAACUUCUUGAGUACCUAGACAACUGCAGGGGCUUGAUCUCUACUGUUGAUCAUGCAGAAAUUCCCAUUGAUCAUCAAAUCCACACUCUUAAAAUGAAUCUGAAGUUUUUGAGAACAUAUCUCAAGGUGCGGGAAGGAAAGGCCAAACUGUAUGAUAAUGGGAAGGAAAUCCUAUAUUUUGUGCAGAAUGCUGUGUCAGAACUUCACUCACUUUGUCUUAAACCAACAACUGAUAAAAGCAUGACCAGAGACUUCGAACUCUUCAUUUCUAAUAUGAUAAAUAAUAUGGAGGACUGCAAGAGGAAAAUAAGAAAUUGCUCUACUUGGAAUUAUUCGAAGAUACUAUCAGAUGCUCCCUUGACGAAAGAAAUUUUGAAGGAAUUGGCUGAUUCUCUCCUAGAGAAUCUGAAGGAUCUCCAGACCUGUGAAACCGAUUUGAUUGUAUCUGUGAAGAAACAAAUUGAAGCACUUGAAGAGAAGGUAAUAUUCGUGAGAAAUUUCCUGAGUUGGCUGGUUGAUCGAAGAGAUUCCAAGGACAGCAUUCAGAAAGAGAAACUGGCAGGCCUUUUAACUCGUAUAAAAUCUGCUAUUCUUGGAGCAGUUUAUUGGUCAUACUGCUGUUUCGUCGGCGAAGUAUGGGAAAUUGAAUAUGUGAAGUGUAACAUCUCUUAUGUGGUAUGGAUGAUUAAGCAUAUUGAGCUAGAAGUCAAAGAGAUCUGUGUUGAAUUUCUAAAAGAUUCAAAGUCAUCACAACCAGACUCUCUUCCAGUGAAUCUGCAGACUUUGGUGUCCAUGGAUUCUCUCCUCAGCAUUCUGAUGCAGCUACUAGAAUCAGUGACGCAGGAGCGUGCAAAUUUGAUUAAGAACAUUAAGAUGAAGAAGAAAAAGAAAAAGAAAAAGGGAUCAAAAGGAAGAAUUGAGGUCCAGAGGAAUAGUUUUCUUCAUAUAAAUCAGGUUAACAUUGGAAUACUUAAUCAGGAGAUGAGAUUCCUGAGGGCCUUGUUCAUGGAUCCUCCACCAGUGAAGCAAAACAAGCAUGAGGAAGUAGAUGGGCUCUUGACAAAUAUUGAAGCUUUUAUUUGUGAUGCAGAAUCUUCCAUUCACUCACUUUACGUGGACGAAAUGAAAGAAGAGACAACAAAUGAAAUGAAUAUUUUGUUUUCUUCUUUUCUAGAUAAGAUUAAACUCAUCAAGUCUGAGGUCAGAAAUAAUUAUAUCGAUUUUCCACAGAAACCAAAAUUCAAGUCCAUUGGGACUGAUGAACUGGGCUUUAUUGACUUGGUCUUGGAGAAUCUGGAUGAGUUUCUCAAGUGUGGGGUGGAUUCAGUCGGUGCCUUACAGCAUCAAGUUCAAAUAAUCCAAGAUGAACUAAUGUCUCUGAGACUGUUGCUCAUCUUAGAGAACGGCUAUAAGCAUGAACAUUCAGAAGUUAUAAAACACAUAAUAGAUGUGGCCCAUGAGGUAGAAUAUGUCAUAAACUUAUAUGUGGUUGGAGAUGGUCCUUUAUGGUAUCAUAUAUUAAAGCUUUCUGACCUUUUAGAGGAGCUUAAGCUUAUUAAGACAGAACGCGGAGAUAUUUUUAACACCGAAAGGAGCAACGACACAGUGCAUAAUAUUCAGAAGACUACCCCUCUCGUGUCACGACAGGCUCAUACAGUAACAACUAAAGAAGAGAAGUUUUUGCAGCUCAUAAAUGGGCGCAAUGAGCUUUAUGCUCCUUACUCAGGUGGUUCAGAUGAUAAUGCUAGUUAUCAUACAUUUUACUCUACAGUUCCUGGACACCCUCGGUUAUGCAUUCAUAGUGAGCAUAAAGAUUUUGUUGCAUGGAAGCCUUUUAACAGACAAAUCCACUCUCUACUGUUUUUUGCUACUGAUACAAGGAUUCUUUUCGAGGAUAUCUAUCCUUGGGAUUACUCAUUCAUUUUCUACAGUUUGAAACUUCUCAAAGUGCUGGAUUUGAGCAGCGUUAAUAUGGAAGAUUAUAUCCCUAGCGAAAUAGAGCUUCUGGUUUAUUUGAGGUACUUGGCAGUUCGUGGAAGAAUGAAUUCUAUCCCAUCAUCUAUAGUUAACCUUGCAAAGCUUGAAACUCUGUUUGUGAAAGGAGUAAAAGGGGAAAUUAAAUUGCCAGAUACUCUAUGGGAGAUGGUAAACUUACGGCAUGUGUUAAUAGAAAAACGUGCUUCUUUGAGAUUGCUUAUCGGAAGGAAGUCCAGCCAAAUGCAUAACUUGAGAACAUUUGGUACACCAUAUCUUUCUCACGAUGAAGUAGAGAUCAUAAGAGGAUGUCCAAAUCUCCGGAAGUUCAAAUGCAUAUUUCCCGAAUCGUGGGAUUCAGUUAGCAAUUGUAACCAGUUUCCAGCAUUGGACUUUCUCAACCAACUUGAAUCACUGAAUGUCUUUUAUUAUGGUACGGUAAUUGAGAUGGAGAUGUGCAGCCCUUCUGCCGCAAAAUCAGCCAUACAAAUUCAAGAAUAUCAGAAGGAAAUGGGAAAUGAGGAGUUCAAGAUCCUAAUCAAGAACUGCUAA